UUUUGUUGAAGCACUUGGAAGUUUAUUUGUAUCUUGGAGGUAUCUUGUUUAUCUUGGAUCUUGGAUAAACCUCCAAGUGCUUCAAGGACCCUCUAAAAGGAUGCAAAUGACCAGCUGUCUGCAAGGAAUAUAAAUCCUUCCAUUCCCCACCAUCCAGGCAGGGCUGAAAAGGCUUCUUGGAUGAGAAGCAAAACGUCUUCAAAGAAAAAAACAACAAGAAAGUCCAGUUGCCUCCUGAAAAAGCACCUUUGGCACAACCAUGACCUGGAUCUCUACAGACUUUUACGCAUUUGAAAGCUAUACUUCUUUGUACGUCCAUCAGGGCGAGCCCAGGCAUCGCAUCUGCCACCGAUGGGCCACCGAACGGGGGAUGCAAUUAAACAAUCAGCAUGUUUCCCCAAGGUUCCUCCAAAGGCUAUAAAAUCGGUGCGAGGUAAUUUCGACCAGUUUGAACCAACCAGGUGUCUCAACCCAAAUACCCGGCCAAUGGACGCUUCUUUGAACACGGAGCAUGAUGUAGGUACUAUAUAGCAAGGCGUGGCCAAUCCACGGCCGCUCCGGCUUCUAAGCGCGCUCGCGACCACCUCCUCCUGUUGGGAGGGAAGGGAGGCCAUUUCAGCUGGCUCCGGGAAGAGAGGGGGACGCUUGGCAGCAAGCUGCGCUUCCUUACGGCGGUGCCGGGCAGCGCGCAGGAGCCAGACGCUUGCAAGGGCAGGGGUUGCGGUGUUUCUCCCGCUCGGCUUUGAGUUUCCCGGCUCAGAUCCCCCGUUUGGUGAACAUGGCAGGGCUGAGCGGCGGCCCCUUCAGCUUCGGGCGGUGCAGCCACGCCGUGGUGCGGGCGCUGCCGGAGUCGCUGUGCCAGCAGGCGCUGAGGCGGGAGAAGGCGAAAGAGGUGGACUUCGCGCGCGCCGAGCGGGAGCAUCAGCUCUACGUGGGGGUGCUGAAGAACAAGCUGGGGCUGCAGGUGUUGGAGCUGCCCGGCGACGAGAGCUUGCCCGACUGUGUCUUUGUGGAAGAUGUGGUCGUGGUGUGCGAAGAGACCGCUCUCCUCACGCGACCGGGGGCGCCUAGCAGGAGGAAAGAGGUUGAAGCAAUGAAAACAGCACUUAACAGUCUUAGCCUGAAUAUUGUAGAGAUGACAGAUGACCAGGCAACCUUAGAUGGAGGAGAUGUUUUAUUUACAGGUCGGGAAUUUUUCGUGGGUCUUUCAAAACGGACCAACCAUCGUGGUGCAGAAAUUCUGGCAGACACCUUUAAGGAUUACGCUGUUUCUACAGUCCCUGUUGCUGACUCCUUGCACCUGAAAAGUUUUUGCAGCAUGGCUGGACCAAACCUCAUUGCUAUUGGUUCAAGUGAAGUUGCGCAGAAAGCCCUCAAGACAAUGCAGCAGAUGAGUGACCACCGUUAUGACAAACUUACAGUUCCUGAUGAUGCAGCAGCAAACUGUGUGUAUUUAAACAUUCCUGGCAAAGGUCAUGUUUUGUUGCAUCGAGCCCCUGAGGAGUAUCCAGAAAGUGCAAAGGUAUUUGAAAAACUGAAGGACCACAUGUUGAUCCCUAUAGCGAACACUGAGCUAGAAAAAGUAGAUGGAGCACUCACUUGCUGUUCGGUCCUUAUUAAUAAAUCUUCACAAUUAUGAGUUUACAGAUUACCUUCCUUGUAUAUGGCAAUAAUGUACAUGCAAGGCAAAUGAAUCUGUAUUUCACUUGUAUUGGUUUUCUUGACAAUCUACUGUACCACUGUGCUACUGACCUUUGUUUACAAUGGUGCCCCUUCACUUGUAAUUAAGGUGCGUGUAUAUGCUUUUUCCUGACAUAUAAAGAUUUGAAGCAUGUUUGUCUGGAUUUCCCCCCAAAAAAUGUUAUGAAAAUUAAUGGUUUAUGUAGUAGAUGUAAAAUGAUCUCAGAAGCAGAAGAAGGAGCCAUCACAUUUGACUGGGGCACAACAACUACAUGCAUAUCUACUAUGCUGAACAUUCCUAUAACUUACUUUGAGAUCCUAGGACUUGAGUUUAAAAUCAAGUCAUUGAAUGUCAUUGAGUUCAAAAUCACGUCAUUUUGUAUGGCCACAUGCCAUACAAAAUGUAAUACUGGACUUCCUCAUAAUCCAUUUUAUGACUUUGUCAUCAACAAAUUCUUUCCACCCCGAUGUAAAGAGUAAAACACUUGUUUUUAUAUUGCUAGUGAUUUUGGCACAGGAACUUUAUAAUGCUCCCUGGAGAGUUUAUCCACUCCUUUUCCACUGCUCUGUGUAAGUUCCAGGAUUGACAUUGAUAAGUCAUCAAAAAUUUACCAGCUGCAAAAGGCAUAAAAGUGGAAAAUUACAAGUGCUUACAAUACCACAGUAGUUAGUCUUCAAAUAUGGGCUAUUAGGAAGAUAAGGGCUCAGAGACAUAUACCAGUAUCUUUAUGCAUUUAUUCUUAUGUCAUCUCAAAUAAUUUAUUUUCUUUGCUUUGGGGAUGUUAAUUGUAAUUAGAUUAGAACAUGAGAGGGAAAUCUGCACUGGACAGGAUAAUGCCCAUAUUAUAUAUGUGUUUCUUUAACAAAAAUAAGGCAUCUGUUUAAACAGAACAGCUUCCUAUAUGAAAAUGUUGUUGAAAGUAGCUUGAGUAGUUAACAUUGGUCCAAAAAUGUCUUAGAAAAUACUGAAGGAUUUUAGAAGUAAUACUGGAAUUGGCCCAGUUUUAAUCUAGUCUGACUUUUUGUUGCCCUUCUUUAGUUAUGCAUUUUACUUUUUGGAGGAGGGGACAGAGAGCUCUCUCCUAGAGUUCUGAGUUAUAGAAAACCAAAAGGAAAUUCAGUAACUCUUCCUUUAGUAACAACCGUAGUGUAAAACAAAUUAUAAUUAUCGUAGAAAAGUAUUUUCCUUUUAGUGCCUUGGAAGAAAACUGUGAAUGAAAUUACAAAGUGUAGGUGGAUUACUGUGAGGGUUUGAGGCAGUUGUGUGUCCAAAAUGCUGGUUUGUUUAUUUGCACUUUUUAAUUUCAGUAGAUAUUCAGGUUGUCCACAAGUUAAAACUUCUACAUGUUUUAAAGUUUUGAUUCAAAAAGUUUUAACAAAUUAAUAAAACACUUUAUUUUACUGCCACCUCUCAUAUUGUACUUUCAUGCAAGUACCUGUUGUUAUGGUUUUAAAUAUUCAUUUGAUCAGCAGAGUUCUUUUCUAUUCAAACUCAAAUGCUAAACUUUCUGAAAAAUAUAAAUAGUAAACAAGACAUGGCAGGGGAUCUUAGAUUCUUCCAGAUAUACUACUGUGCAAUGUUCUGUCUCAUUUAUAACAUUCCACGUGGGGCACAAGGACCCUGAUGAUUUUGCCUUUUACUUGUAAAUCUCCUAUGUAUUCCUGCUGCUAAUUUCAUUUAUAUUGUUUCUGAGGGAAAAAAACUAAGAAAAGAUAGAACUACAAAAUGUACUUCGGUAGCAUUCUUGGGUCCUGUUGUUUCCCUGUUCUAUAUAUCCAUGUCUUCCAAGAGACUCCCAUUACUAUUAUGUCUAAGUAUUCAAGUUGUGCCUGGAAAUGAAUAUCUUUAUUUAAACUGUAAUUCGGUUGAAAGAAAAGUUUAUUUUGGCAAAUUCUGCAACAUUUUUUUUUUGUUUACAUUUAUACCCCGCCCUUCUCCGAAGACUCAGGGCGGCUUACAAUGUAUAAGGCAAUACGUACAUACGUAAGCAAUCAGCUCUAUUCGCUAGAAACCUAUUCAAUCAUUUUAACAAUGAUGGGAUUAAACAAAGUAAAUUUUCUUCAAAAUUUGCCAUUGCCUUUAUCAGUUUCCCAUUAAUGCUCCAUUUUGGGCAGUACUUCUGGUAACUGGCUAAUGUAGAGUAUCACAAACUUCAAGUAAUUACAUUAAAACUGUAGUUGAAAUUAUUUUUAUGUAAGAAACACAGGAAAGCAUAUGUAGAAUCCAGGAAAUGCAACAUGGGGAAUGUCAUAUGUAAAUUUUCAUUAUCUUUUAGCUGGAUUAAUUAUACUUAAAAGCUCUAAUUAUUUUUGUGACUCUUCCUUUUUUAAUAAUAUUUUCUCCUAAAAUGAAAAAUUAUUUAUUUUCUUGGCAUGUUCUUAUUUUAUUUCACAAAAACGGUCACAUUCUUAUUUUAUUCCAUUGAAAACUGCACAAUGAAUUUAUACAUAAUUUGCUUAAUGAAUAAUAGAAGAAACAAUUCGUAUUCUUAAUCGGUAGUUUGGAAAUAUUUAAAAAUGUAGUUGGAAAAUGAGGGUUUUGUUUUACCAUAUGGAUUUCAAUUCAUAUCAGAAAAAUAGAAAUAUUUUAGAGGUAUCGUGAAAAGCCUUGCAAAAUAACAAUAAUGGUUGUGUGAAUUCACUUCUUAAGUCUUCAGUAGUUGCUCAUUUUUAUUAGCUAAGUUCACAGCCCAAAGAAUACAUGUUCUGCUUUGUUUUUACAUCAUUAAUAUAUUAAUCAGGAAUGUUAAACAAAUUUCAGUUGGCCACCAUUCAAUAAAAUAAAGCUAGAAAAUACUUGGUAAAAGUGAUUUUACAUUUUGCCUGCUGUGACAACUGCAUUGUCAGUAGAGUUACACCAAGCAUAUUUUUUCUACCUGAAAUAUUGUAAAUUUUUGUUAGUGCAUAGACCAGGGGUGAAAUCCAGCAGGUUCUAACAGAUUCUGGAGAACCGGUAGCGGAAAUUUUGAAUAGUUCGGAGAACCGGCAAAUACCACCUCUGGCUGGUCCCAGAGUGGGGUGGGAGUGGAGAUUUUGCAAUAUCCUUCCCCUGGUGUGGGGUGGGAAUGGAGAUUUUGCAGUAUCCUUCCCCCAAGAGUGGGGUGGGAAUGGGGAUUUUCCAGUAUCCUUCUCCUGCCACACCCACCAAGCCACACCCACAGAACCGGUAGUAAAAAAAAUUGGAUUUCACCACUGGCAUAGACUACUUGCUGUGUCAGACAAUUUUUUGAUUAAUUUUAUGUGCUAAUGGAUUCUACACUAUUCUAAAUAUCCAAGAUAGCUUAUAGUUUAUAUUUAUGCAUAAAGUAUCUGCAGUGCCUAUUAUGUUUCUACCCUGUUUCCCCCAAAGUCAUCCCUUGAUAAUAAGCCCAAUCGGGCUUUUGAGCGCAUGGCAAUAAGGCCAAGUGUUUAUUUCAGGGUUCAAAAAAAAAAUAAGAUAGGGUCUUAUUUUCGUGGAAACACGGUAGUUUUCCUGAUGUUUGUCACAGUGAUCUGUAAGAAUCACUGUUAUUGUACUGACGUACAUAAUACAGCUGGUGAAUCUUUUAUUAAGUUUGAAUUUUGUGCCUGUUUCUGUUCUAUUCUCAUGCAGUCUGUACUUCUGAAUUAAUAUUUACAAUUUGAAUUCACCAUAGCAAAAUGCUGCAUUGGGUUGGAACUAUGCAAUUGAAAAUGCAGACUUAUUUUAAAGUAGCCCUGUUCUUGUCUAGAGGACCAUAAAAUUAAGAAGAAAUUUCAUCAAAUUAAGUAUCCUUGGGUUUUUUAGGCAUGUAAAAAAGAUAAGAAUAAUGUCCCAAAUUUAAUCAUAUUUCAGCCUUAGAUACUGAGCCUCUGCCUAAAUAAUGCUAUCUAAAUUUUGUUAGCAUGGAUACAAAAGGCAAGUUAUAUGAACAGUUCAAUGAAGUUGUAAAGCCUUUUCUAAUACUACCUCAGUAGUGCAGUGACUCUGUAUUUAAAAAUAGCAUAUCAUCAGAUAGGAUAAACUUGUCCUUCUUGCAAAAUAUAGUAUGUCCUUUAAUGUGCAGAGAAUGGGAAUCAAGAUAUUAAUUCACAACAGCACUUCUGUGAUGGCAUAGACAAUCUUGAAAUUACUGAUAUCUUAAAAUGGUUUCCUUCAUGUUCUCCAGUUCCAUACUUAAAAUAUCUAACUAAAGAGAAAGCUCACUAGGCAAAACUCUCACAAAACUCUCACUGAGACUUUUGGUCUCAAAGCUUAAAAGUUGGAAGCCAGAGGUAGAGACCCCUAUUUGAUCCCUAGCUGUUUAGAUUGUUUUGAUUUUUUUAUGGGUGUGUGUGUGUGUAUGUGAACAGUGACGCAAUAUGUGGGUUUCCUUGUUGGACAAAAUGUAAUCAGUGUCAGCUAAGGUUCCUUUCCAUGUGCCAAUGAGAAGUGUUUAUACAUGCUGUACCUUAUAUUGCUAUACUUGGCAUCCUUCCACUCCCUCCCACACAGCAAAGUAUAUACUCAGUUCAAUCUUUCACAGAUGCCGUGUUUUAGAAGUAUAGUGUGGAUUUUAAGGACAUAUGGAACAUAGUCUCCGUGAGAUUUGAUCACAACUCCUGUAGAACACCAUGUUCAGCUAGGUACAGAACUGUCCAAAAUGCCUCUCUCUUCUCCCUUAACAACAACAACAACAACAAAACCUGUUAACUCUUGUUUAUUGAAACAUAAGAGCAGAAUUAAUCUGAAUCAAAUGUUUCUAAGGAGCUGGUACAUAUCCAUUAAACAGCAUUUUUAAUCUGUAAGGUGGCUGGGAACAAAAUAUGAGGCACCUCGCUUGAACUCCCAGAAAGGCUUCUUGUAAAUGUGUGAUGUAGGAUGUAGUUUCAAGUCACAUAUGAAAUGUAUUUAGCCUUGUUUUCAAACAUGCAGCUACUAACCACAAAUUCAAAUGUGUUAUCUUUAAUAUAUCCAACUACUUUUUUGUGUGUCAAAAUUUUUGCCAAAUUCCAUAACCUGUUAACACUGGGAAAAGAGCUGUUUAUUUUACUUAAUUUUGUCUUGUGCAUUUCUAACAUUAUGUACACCCAUCACUAUCGAAUAAAGUGUCAGCUGAAGCUAAACUGUAAUGAAUGUUAUUUAGAAUAAGACUUGAAGCAACUUAUUCCUUUUUUUCAUACAUUUUGCUUCAUUGAUCCAAAUUCAUUUUUCUCCACUGUACCAUAUUUUUAGAAAUGAAGCGUGAUUGCUACUGCUGCUACUUUUAAAAGAAGUGAAUUUAGACAAAGAGAUUUUAUGCAUGGCAACCUUAAGUUACUAGUUUCACAUGGUGAAUUUGUCUAGAAAUUAAGCUGGCUUAGGAUACUGCUGUCUAGCUUUUCUCAACUGUAAUUUUAAGAUAUCUCCACAGAUGUUCAAUGGGAUUUAGAUCUGGACUCAUUGCUGGCCACUUCAGAACUCUCCAGCGCUUUGUUGCCAUCCAUUUCUGGGUGCUUUUUGACGUAUGUUUGGGGUCAUUGUCCUGCUGAAAGACCCAAGAUCUCAGUCACAAACCCAGCUUUCUGACAUUGGGCUCUACAGUGCAACCCAAAAUCCUUUGGUAAUCCUCAGAUUUCAUGAUGCCUUGCACACAGUCAAGGCACCCAGUGCCAGAGGCAGCAAAACAACCCCAAAACAUCGUUGAACUGCCACCAUAUUUCACUAUAGGUACUGUGUUCUUUUCUUUGUAGGCCUCAUUCCAUUUUCGGUAAACAGUAGAAUGAUGUGCUUUACCAAAAAGCUCUAUCGUGGUCUCAUCUGUCCACAAGACAUUUUCCCAGAAGGAUUUUGGCUUACUCAAGUACAUUUUUGCAAACUGUAGUCUUGCUUUUUUAUGUCCCUGUGUCAGCAGUGGGGUCCUCCUGGGUCUCCUGCCAUAGUGUUUCAUUUCAUUUGAAUGUCGACGGAUAGUUCGUGCUGACACUGAUGCUCCCUGAGCCUGCAGGACAGCUUGAAUUUCUUUGGAACUUGUUUGGGGCUGCUUAUCCACCAUCCGGACCACCAUCCAG